UCUAUCAACUACUAGCCUACAUAUAUACUCCGUCCCAGCUAGCGGCAGUAGCCUACGCAGGCACGUAGAAACGAGAGGACCAGCUGGUCAUGACAACUACAGAGUGAAAUGGAGACAGUAAAUAGUUAGCCAGCGCCUUCCUGCUGGGUUUAUUAGAAGGAUAAUAUUUGCACUUUUGCCACCGUUGGUCUUAUGGCUAGUAUUCCACAUAUUCUAUUUGCGUGAUAUUUUGCUAUCGCGUGCUGGGGGCUGGGUCACGGAAGCAAUAUGUCCUAUUAUGUAACUUGUAGAACGAAUUAAUUACAUUUUUAAUGAGGGUGCAAGUGAUGUUGAAUGAUUUUCGAUUAUUCACUUAAAUGGUCACUCGGAGAGAACAUGUCAACAUCAUGGUAAGCAGUCACAUUUUUGCAUGAUGCCCUCUGCAAUUUACUUUGUAAUCGAAGAUGGCGGAGCUAGAUGGGGAGUUCUCGAAUCGUUCACAGAACAGUUAACGUAGUCUGCACAGCAGAAAUGCAAGCAACUGCCAUCCACUUCAGCUAUUGCAGCGAAUGCAUGCAGUAUGGCUAACAAGAAUAGCAGCCUGCGUUGCACGUUUUCCGCUCCCGCUCACAGUACCACGCUCUUACUGGGGCUGUCAGCCCUGCGAGAACAAGGGCAACUGCUUGACGUAGUGUUGGCCAUCAACGAGGAGCGUUUCAAAGUCCAUAAGGCAGUGCUUGCCUCUUGCAGUGACUAUUUCAGAGCCAUGUUUACAGGAGGCAUGAAGGAAUCCAAACAGGACACUAUUGAGUUGAAGGGCUUGUCUGCUCGGGGACUCAAGCACAUCAUUGACUUUGCGUACAGCUCCGAGGUCACCCUGGACCUGGACUGCAUUCAGGACGUUUUGGGGGCAGCCGUGUUCCUGCAGAUGGUCCCAGUGGUGGAGCUGUGCGAGGAGUUCCUGAAGUCGGCCAUGAGCGUGGAGACCUGCCUCAACAUUGGCCAGAUGGCCACCACCUUCAGCCUGUCCUCGCUCAAGGACUCGGUGGACGCCUUCACCUUCCGCCACUUCCUGCAGAUCUCCGGGGAGGACGACUUCCUGCACAUUCCCAUGGAGCGCCUGGUCUUCUUCCUGCAGAGCAACAAGCUCAAGAACUGCAAGGAGGUGGAGCUCUUUCACGCGGCCAUCCGCUGGCUGCAGCACGAGGAGUCGCGACGGGCCCGUGCCAACGAGGUGCUCUGCCACGUCCGCUUCCCCCUCAUGCGCUCCUCGGAGCUGGUGGACAGCGUGCAGACGGUGGACAUCAUGGUGGAGGAUGUCCUGUGCAGACAGUACCUCCUGGAGGCCUUCAACUACCAGAUCCUCCCCUUCAGGCAGCACGAGAUGCAGUCCGCCCGCACACUCAUCCGCUCCGACGUGGUGUCGCUCAUCACCUUUGGAGGAACGCCCUACACCGACAACGACCGCACCGUCAGCAGUAAAGUGUUCUUCCUCCCGGACAUCACUGCGCGGCAGUUCAAGGAGUUCACCGAGAUGGAGACGGGUUGCAGCCACGCCUGCGUGUCGGUCCUGGACAACUUUGUGUACGUGGUGGGGGGGCAGCUCCUGCAGUACCGCAGCGGCGAGGGAGCUAUGGACGCGUGCUUCCGCUACGACCCCCACCUGAACCGGUGGCUGCGCAUCCAACCCAUGCAGGAGAGCCGCAUCCAGUUCCAGCUCAAUGUGCUGCAGGGGCAGCUGUACGCCACUGGGGGGCGCAACCGCUCAGGCAGCCUGUCCUCCGUGGAGUGCUACUGUCCCAAGAAGAACGAGUGGAAGUACGUGGACUCCAUGAAGCGCCGGAUUUGGGGGCACGCUGGCACCACCUGCAGGGACAAGCUGUACGUGUCCGGAGGUUACGGGGUCUCCGUCGACGACAAGAAGACGCUCCACUGCUACAGCCCCGACACUGACCAGUGGGAUUUCAAGUCUCCCAUGAACGAGCCGCGCGUGCUGCACGCCAUGAUCGGUGUGAGCGACCGCGUCUACGCCCUCGGCGGCCGCAUGGACCACGUGGACCGCUGCUUCGACGUGCUGGCGGUGGAGUAUUACCUCCCGGACACAGACCAGUGGACCACUGUGAGCCCCCUGCGAGCAGGCCAGUCUGAGGCGGGAUGCUGCCUUUUGGGGAAGAAAAUCUACAUCGUCGGCGGCUAUAACUGGCACCUGAACAACGUCACGAGUAUCGUCCAGGUGUACAACACGGAGACGGACGAGUGGGAGAGAGACCUGCAUUUCCCAGAGUCCUUUGCAGGAAUCGCGUGUACGCCAAUCAUACUCCCACAAACCACGACUCAGCGAUGAGCUCGUCUGGUGAACACGCCGGCAGGGGUUCAGUCAUACCUUCACACACACACUGAUGACUGGGUUGCUUCUGCUCCUCUUCAGGCUUUCGCUCGAGACCAAAACUGUGCAGACGACUCUCAGGACUGUCCAUAGCUGGUGUGUGUGCGCACCAGGUGAGUCCGAAGACCUCUCUGCAGGAAUGUUACUUUCAGGUGCACUAGGGACAUCAGAGAAAUGCUGUCUUGUCCCUGUUUUUUGUGCAACAUUGUUACACAACACACUAAGCCUGUGUGGUGCUGUUUGUGUUUUUCCAACUGUUUAUGAUGCUAAGGUGCCUGCCAACAUGAACAACACAAACAACAACAAUUUACAAAUCAACCCUGCAUUGGCAUCAUGCAGUAAGGUGCCAGGGUCAUAUCUUCCUUGAGUUACUGUAAGAAAUGUCAUGGGUAAAAAUGAACUGAUGACUAUAAUACUAUCUCUCAAAGCCCAUAUACUUACAGUUCAGUUCAGUGUAUUGUGUAACUGGCUAACUGUUACAUCUUGAAUGAAUGUGGGCCUCUGAAUUGAUGGCACAAGUUGGUACUAAAGUGAAACUGAAGUCUUCAUACCUUCCUGGCUUGUUACAAACAUUAUCUCUUUUUUGUUUUUUUACGCACAACAUUCUUGAACGACUAACCAUUUAGAAGGUUUUCACCAUGUUGCCUUGGUUUGUGUAUUUUCAGUCUUACUGGUGUUAAGUAUAGUUGCGUUGCACGGCAAUUGAGAAAGCACAUUUACAUUUCCAAAAUGCAUUUAAAGUCUUCUUAAGAAAUGAGAAUGUAUUGUUGAUCAUACUUGCACCUGAUCAUGACAAUGUCUUAAAGCUAACGUGAUGUUUUGGUAAAGGCUCGCUGGUGAUUUUCUAAGCCUGUGCGUUUAAAUAUCCAGACAUUGGUGACUAAGCUCCGGUUAUUUAUAAUUGUAUCUGCUAUUCCGGGAUCCUUUAUUCCUUCAUGGCUUCUUUCUUUCUUUCCUUUCUUCUUGAACGUAUUGGAAAAAGGAGUGUGGCCAGCAGCUUUCAAAAGAACACUAAAGGCAGACCUUAAGUUAGGUGCUGAUAUUGUGGCUUUUGUUUGUUUACCUAUCUCCUAUUCUCCUUAAAACUAGCUCACAUUCCAUAACGCACACACCCUUUCCCUGAGGGAUGUGUUGACCAAUGGCAGGUCAUUCCCAAACAGCAAAUGUUGAAAUGUAACCAAUUCUUGCUUUGAUCGGUUCCAGACGGAAUGUGAUUCUACUUUGUACUUCUAGACAAGUCGCAGCGAAUUUAACAAGCUGUGAUGAAACCAAGAAGGAAGACACCAAAAACAUUGAUCUAAAACAAAUGUAAUAAGCUUCAGAUGUGGUGUUGGUCUCCGCUACUAAACGUAUAUGCAGGACCUGUGUAUAAGUCACAGAUGUGGUAAAUCAUUUUAAUACCAACCUCAAAUGCUACUCUCCUGUAUCCUCUUUGGCUCUUAAAAUAUGCUAAUCCCUAGCCUGUUUUACAUUCCUUAUCCAGUUGAGCUAGAGACCCCCAGAUAUGACUGGCACCAGGUACUAUGAUUUGUUUUGUAGGUUUAGUUUUAGAAUCCAUAGCUUUUCAGUUGACUGGGGCUGGCUUGGUCGGCCUGUAUGAUUGUCACGCCAGACUUCUUUGUUCCAGGAAGAGCUUUGGAAGCUGUUCACAGCUGUGCUGUAUGCUUUCGCUACCUUUCAAAUGAUUUUAUUGAAAAUUAAUUUGCAUGUGCACUAUUUAUUCUAAACAGUAUGUCUGUUGUUUAGAAUGUUUAUGUCGGGGUGUUGGGUGUCCCCACCAAACUUGAGAGAGCAGGGGAAACCAUAACAGGAAUGGAUUGUGGGAAAAGAAAUUGGCACUAACUAAGCAUUAUUAGAGUGUCGUGGUGAUGAUCCACUGAAUGUAGGGGUGUAAACUCCCAUCCUGUCCUACACGUUUGUCUGAUCUUGUGAAUAUGUCUGUCUAAUGACCUGUCCAUGCUUACGAUGGUUUGGAAACAAAAAACUCACUUACUCUGUGACACCUGAAUGUUCUAUAAUUGUUGUUACUUCUGUCCGUUUGUCUUGUUUGUUUGUUUACACCUUGCCUAAAAUGAAAUCUUGUGUGUUUUUAAAAAAGAAAAAUGAAUUUGUGGUUCAAAAUAAAAUUUUGUUUAAACUCAAA